AUGAUAGAAUCGGCAAGGUUAGACUAUAUAAAGACGCAACAACCAAAACUUCGAAGUCAAACUUUUAAGAAUCUAAAUGAAAGUGUUGAAAGUGGAGAGAAUGAUGCUUCAAAUUGUGGUAAACGAAUAUUGUUACCAUCAUCAUUUACUGGUGGUUCUCGAUAUAUGAUGCAAAAGUAUCUUGAUGCUAUGGCAAUUUGCAAAGCUGUGGGAUAUCCAGAUCUGUUCAUAACAAUUACAUGUUUCCUUUUCAAUGUUACAAUUAUCUACACAAUCGAAUUUCAGAAACGUGGUUUACCUCAUGCUCAUAUUUGUCUGUUCUUAUGUGCGGAGAGUAAGUUUCCGACAGCCAAAGAGAUCAAUCGUGUAACUAGCGCCGAAAUACCGGACAAAGAAACUGAACCGGAACUGUAUGAACUUGUCAAACAGUUUAUGAUACAUGGUCCUUGCGGUACAGAUAACCCUAAAUGUCCAUGCAUGGUUAAUUUAAAAUGUUCUAAAAAAUUUCCUAAGAAAUAUGUAAACGAGACUUCCAUUGAUACCGAAGGAUAUCCUGUCUACCGUCGUCGUCCUACAGGAAACACAGUUGAAAAAAAUCGCGUCAUUCUUGAUAACAGGUUUGUAGUCCCUUACAAGGCUCUUCUACUCAAGAGGUACCAAUGCCAUAUAAAUGUUGAGUGGUGUAACCAAACGGGCUCUAUCAAAUAUCUGUUCAAAUAUAUUAAUAAGGGUCCGGAUAGAGUGACUGCUUCUGUUUUCCAAGUCAAUAAAACAAAUGAAGUUGGGCCGAUUACUGACACUCAGUUAAACAAAACAAAAGUAGAUGAAGUUAAAGAAUAUCUCGAUUGUAGGUACAUUUGUGCCUGUGAAGCUGCUUGGAGAAUAUUCAAGUUUGAUAGACAUUAUCGAUAUCCAGCAGUUAAAGUAUUAUCUUUUCAUUGUGAAGAUGGUCAAAGUAUUGUUUAUGACGAUGAUUCAAAUCUCCGUGAUGUGGUUGGUAACCCCACUGUCAAAAUGUCAAUGUUCAUCGAAUGGAUGAAGUGUAACCAAGUGGAUGAAUUUGCUAGAACAUUGAAGUACAUAGAUUUUCCAAGAUACUAUGUAUGGAUACGUAAACUACGAAAGUGGCACCGAAGAAAAAAUCCUUAUAGAGCAGUUGGUAGGAUACAUUAUGUACCUCUGUCACUUGGUGACUGUUAUUUCUUGAGAAUUUUAUUGAAUCAUGUAAAAGGACCAACCAGUUUUGAUGAUAUUAAAACCGUUGAUGGCCAACUUUAUGAUACAUUUAAAGAUGCAUGUUUCGCACGUGUUUUCUUAGAUGACGAUAAGGAGUAUAUAAUUGCAAUGAGAGAAGCAAGCACAUGGUCGACUUCUGAUUUUUUGCGGACACUUUUUGUAACGUUACUGAUGUCCAACUCCAUUUCUAGGCCUGGAUAUUUUUGGACACAAAACAAAAGUCUAUUAUGUGAAGACAUUUUAUACCAGCAACGAAAGAUUACUGGUAUUCCAGAUUUGGUUAUUCAAGAGAAAGAAAGAGAAAACAUUUGCUUAUCACAUAUCCAGAAGUUGCUACUUUCUUAUGGUAGUACAUUAAGUAACUUUGAUGAUAUGCCAAAUGUUCCUAACAAUUACAUUUCUGUGUUGAAGAAUCGACUGAUAAUGAAAGAACUUUCGUAUGAUCGGGCAGCUUUAGAAAAGGAACUUGCUUCUUAUUUAAAGUGUUUAACUGUUGAACAGAAAAAUGUUUACGAGACCGUUAUGAAUGCAUUUGCAAAAGGUAUCGGAGGUUUAUACUUCAUAUAUGGUUACGGCGGUACCGGUAAGACAUUCCUUUGGAAAACCUUUGCAGCGGCAUUACGAUCGAAAGGCGAAGUGGUCUUAAAUGUUGCAUCCAGUGGGAUUGCAUUGCUUCUUUUAGACGGUGGUAGAACGGCCCAUUCAAGGUUUGUAAUCCCAAUAAAUAUUAACGAAGAUUCUAUAUGUUCCAUAGAACCGAAUAGUAAGUUAGGUGGCUUAAUAAAAGAAACGAAGCUGAUAAUUUGGGAUGAAGCUCCGAUGACACACAAGCAUUGUUUCGAAGCCCUUGAUCGGACAAUGAGAGAUAUCGCCUGUUCAAGUAAUCCGAGGAUGCAAAAAAAAGCCAUUUGGAGGAAAGGUUGUUCUGUUGGGCGGUGA